AUGACCAAAUUCAGCCUGUGGGCGUUGGCCACGGCGGCCGGCCUGGCGGCCGCCAAAGACGUGUACUUGGAUUGGAACGUAACCUGGGUCAGCGCCGCCCCCGACGGCUUUCAGCGCCCUGUGAUCGGUAUCAAUGGCGAGUGGCCCUGUCCUCAGAUUGACGUCGAUGUGGGUGAUACAUUGAUUGUCGAUGUUUACAACGGGUUGGGCAACCAGUCCACCGGUAUCCACUGGCACGGCAUGCAUCAGUAUGCCACAGCCGUGAUGGACGGAGCCAGCGGAGUAACUGAGUGCGCACUCCCUCCCGGCUCCCAGAUGCAGUACCGCUUUGAUGUCAACCAGACCGGUUCCUACUGGUACCACUCGCACGAUAUGGGCCAGUAUCCCGACGGAUUCCGCGGUCCGAUGAUUGUCCACGACCCCAACGCUCCUUUCCACUAUGAUGAGGAGUUCACCCUCACUCUUUCCGACUGGUAUCACCAGGAGAUGCCCGUCCUUCUCAACGCCUAUGAGUCCGAGCAGAAUCAAGCAGCCUUCCAUGGCAGAGAGCCUACACCUGACUCUGCCCUUAUCAACGAUGCCGUCGAUACCAAGAUCAAGGUGCUGCCCAACAAGACCUACCUGGUACACAUCGUCUGCAUUGGAAACUUCCCCGGACACACAUGGGUGAUUGACGGACACGAGAUGACCGUUGUCGAAGUUGACGGUGUCUACACUGAGCCUUACCCUGCUGGAGACAAGUUCUUGCGAGUUGCAACCGGGCAGCGUAUGAGUGUCCUGAUCCACACCAAGUCUGAUACCAGCAAGAACUUUGCCAUCUUCGACACCAUGGAUGUCAACAUGAUGUUCUUCUAUGAGCACAGUACCCCUCCUCCCGGCUACAACCCCAACGCGACGGCGUGGUUGGUCUAUGAUGAGACCAAGCCAUUGCCUGACCCUCCCUCCUUCGCUUCGUUCGACAACUUCGUCGACGACGUGGCUCUCGUGCCUGCUGACCACGAGCCUAUUCUCGAGCCUGUGAACCGCCAGAUUAUAAUUGAUGCUGCCUCCAAAGAAAUCAACGGCAUCACUCGCUUCACUGUGAACAACGAGACCUACCUUCCCCCUAAGGUACCUACCUUGUACACUGCCACGACCGUCGGAACCGAGCUAUCCUCCAACCCAGAGGUGUAUGGCCAAGUGAACCCCUUCGUGGUGAAGUAUGGCGAGGUUGUUGAAAUCGUGAUCAACAACCGCCACCCCAACCUGCACCCGUGGCAUUUGCACGGCCAUCAGUUCCAGGUUCUGCAGCGAACAGGGAUUAACGGUGGCUACUACAACGGGCUCUUCAGCAAUGUUUCUCAGACUCCGAUCAAGCGCGACACCAUCAUGGUCCAGAACAACGGCCACACUGUGAUUCGUUUCCGUGCCGAUAACCCCGGUGUCUGGAUGCUCCACUGCCAUAUCGAGUGGCACGUUGAGGCUGGUCUCAUGGCAACUUUGAUUGAAGCACCUGAGACUUUUGCCCAGACCUUGCAGUCACCCCCUGACAGCCACUACAAAGCUUGCCAUUCUUACCCUAGCCUCACCUCCGGCAACGCUGCCGGUAAUGAGGGACUUGACAUGACUGGUCUCGCCACUGAGCCUCAACCGGGCAGUGAGGGUGCUUUGUACGAUGCCGCGAAGCAGAGCAGUGCUGUUCAUAUCUCCUCUGCCGCUCCUCAGUCUACUAGCCAAGCCCAAGCACCUGCUCCCAAGCCUACCAGUCAAGCCCAAGCACCUGCUCCCAAGCCUUCCAGCCAAGCUCAAGCACCUGCUCCUCAGUCUACUAGCCAAGCUCAAGCACCUGCUCCCAAGCCUACGAGCCAAGCUCAGGGCCCUGCCCCAAGGCCCACUACCCGAACCCCGGUGUACAAGCCCAGCACCCGGACUCCUGCCUCCAAGCCAACCCCCUUCGCCCAAGGCUCCGUUCCCAAGCCGGCCAUGCCUAAGCCCGAACAGUCCCCCUCUCCGGCGCCAGCUGCUGCUCCCUCUCAACCCGGGUACUACUCAGGGUACUACUCAGGGUACUACUAUGAGCAUCCCUAUCCUCAGCAAGACGAUGAAGACACCGAAACCGGCCCAGCCAACAAUGGACAGCCAGAUCAGCCAAUCCAACCCAUUCAAAACUUCUGGCCUCUGCCGGUUGGACAGGGGUCUAACAACGAUGAACAAGAGUGA